AUGGCGGUGAAGUCGGAGCUCAGUGAACAAAAGUUGGGCUAUAUUAGGGAGCUAGUAAAUGCCAAAGAUCCGAAGGAAGAGUACAAACUCAUUGAAAGCAUUGGUACAGGAACUUAUGGUGAAGUAUACAAGGUAACAUCACCCUUCAUUAAAGUCGUGACAUUUGCCCAGGCCCUACGCCUAAGGACUAAGGAGAUCGCUGCUGUGAAAAUCAUAAAGAUAGAUGCCAAGGAUGAUAUCCGUGCAAUCCUGCAAGAGAUACAAACGUUACGUGAUUGCAAACACCACAAUAUUGUGCAGUUCUUCGGCAGCUAUUUUCGGAACAACAAAUUAUGGAUAUGCAUGGAGUUCUGCGGGGGAUUCUCGAUGCAGGACAUUUAUACAAAUAUUCGACGUCCCAUCGAGGAGAAUUGCAUCGCAUUCGUUACGCGCGAAACUCUUCGAGGGAUUGAAUAUAUGCAUAAAGCUGGGAAAAUUCAUCGCGACAUUAAAGGUGCCAAUAUUCUACUUACGAACGAUGGGGAUGUGAAAAUUGCUGACUUUGGUGUAGCUGCCCAAAUAACUCAAACUAUCCAGCGGCGAAAUUCGUUCAUCGGUACUCCAUACUGGAUGGCACCCGAAGUUGCUGCGGUGGAACGCAAGGGAGGGUAUGAUGAGAAGUGCGAUAUUUGGGCACUGGGAAUUACUGCCAUGGAGUACGCUGAACUGCAGCCUCCGUUGUUCGACCUUCAUCCAAUGAAAGCACUUCGGAUUCUGGGUAUGCGCAGUUACAAACCACCUACGCUUCGUAAUAAGGCUGCGUGGUCGUCGAAAUUUCACAACUUCCUCAAGACGGCCUUAACCAAGAGUGAAAAGAAACGACCAACAGCUCAAGCUUUGUUACGUCAUGAACUGGUUACCCAGCCUCACCUGACUAGAGCAUUAACUUUGAGGCUGUUGGAACUCAAUCGCAAUCCGGACCGCCUGCUCACGACUGGAGUCAACUCGGGUGCACCGGUUCCAAAACCACUGGCUCCCGCAGCUGCUCAAACACCUCAAUCAAAGGGCCCUGCAAGUCCGGCCCUACUUCUUGGGAGACCAGACUUGCUGCCUGUCGCAUCACCUCUAUCCAGUGCCAAUUCCAGUGGAAGGGAGAGUAAAAGUUCAUCAAACGAAAGGCCAGACAGCACCACGAAGAGGAAACCUUCAGUCGGAUCCAAUGUGCGCCCGCAGCCGCCAGAAACAAUGCAUACACCUUGGUCGGGUCCAGGAGUUGUCAGCGAAGCUAGUUCCAUCUCGCCGGAUGCUGCCACUCCAGUCGCGUCCCCUAAAACGCCAGAAGUCAACUCAGCGUUAAAGCCCUUCCCGGCAGAACGCAUUUUUCCUGUUCGUCAUGCUACGCCUGCUGGUCCUCCCUCAGCUACUGGUGAGGCGCCUGUUCAACCGGGUGCUAACUCGUUAAAAUCAUUAUUGGAAAAAAUACGUAUCAUGGACGAAUUGCCCACUCCCCUACCCGCUUAUGUUGCGAUGGCACCCACAGCCUCUCCAGCUGUCAAGCCAUCCGGUGAAUGUAUUAAGCUCCUUACUUCUGGGAAAUCACCGAAAACCGCUCUGACCUCUGCACAUUCGCAUAAAUCCAAAGCCUCAGAACCAGUGGAAGCAUUGGUACAACAGGUUCAGGUUCUCCCUUCAGUGGCCUCUGUCCCGACACCUGUGGAAGUUCGUGCCUCAUCGGCUAGCGGUUAUUCUGACACUUCUUCCUGUGCGUCUGCUUCCACUUCUCCGAGAAGUUCUUGUUCUUCCAUAACAAUGGAGGCCGUUCAACAGGCAGAACUUCGGGCCCAGUCCAGCCAUCUUUCAUUAACCAACGGGCAACAGCGUUCGGCAAAACUUUCCAAUUCCUCCUCCUUGGUGGAUCACACCGCAGAGGCUGUGCUACCCAGUGAGGAAAAGAACUUACGCAAAAGCGAGAACGGCAGCUCAGCUGUCGAUGGUUUCACGCCAUCCGCAGCGGACGCAGCGUUGUGUCCUGACCACUUGACAGUAUUCGAACCGGUGAUUUUGCAAGAUUCCCUUGAGGCCGAAUUUGUUCCAAUCGAUGCUGAUGCACUUGUACUUAGUCCGACACCGGUGCUUUCACAGACGCCUAAGCAAUUAUGUACUGAGCAAUCACUGACCUCAUUGGUAGGUGAGCCUCCGCAAGCGGUCGAUUCAACCAUGCCCAUAUUGAAAGAAUCUCAGGACGCGCCUCUGGAACAGAAGGAUGUAGACUCUUCGUCUGAUGAACACGACUCGCAUGAAGACUACUCAGAAAGUGAUUAUGAUGAUGAAGAGGAAGAAGAAUGUGAGGAGAAUGACCUUUCUGAUGACGAUAACUACUCCCAAGAAUCUCAUGUCACACGCGGGACUGUCACUACCAUAGAGUCUAAUUCCUCCGCCUCCUCUACUGAAAUACCACCUUGCGCUGGUCAUCCUCUUGAAUCGACAGUUACAAGCUCCAAAAAGGCACCACUGACAUUCCAGGCAAAUGAUGCUCCUGAUGUCGUCGAGAGGAAAAUAACGGCUCCCUAUGCUUCGGUAGAAAAUCCGGACGAAUGGGACCUCAGUGUGGCGGAUGAUGACUUAUUGGCAGCCGAUGGUCUAUUGCUCAUAAAUCGUCACGGAACGGAUUCUGCCAGCGACCGGAUCAGCGAAUUUGGCUUUCGCAUACAUGGAAACUCGGACGGAGAAGAGGACGCAGACGAGGAAGACGGAGAGUAUGAGGACUUUUUGGAGGACGAUAAGCAUCCGUCGUUCAACACAGUCCCUGAACUUGUACAAUUUUUACUCAAUAGGCUGACUAUACCUGACCAACUUCCUGAUCUGCGAGCCGAUCUCCCCAUACCUCAAGUAACCGACGCUCAGCGUCCCCGGAGUCCGGAUGUCGUUGGUGAUCACUUGCCACAAGUUCUUACAGAAAGCAUGCCAGCCAAUGGUGUGGUGGAUGAAAAUAUUGUGGUAAAUUCUGACCAACAGACCAACCAUUCGACAGCAGCAGCCCCGAAGAAACACUCCUCCGAAUUGACCUAUGAACCGGAAGCAUUGAAGGAGUUCUAUCCGGAUAAAUCUGGAGAGGAACUGAUGUCUCUUUUGCGGCAGCUGAAGUUCGCUCAGAAAUUCGCCUGGCUUUCUGGCUCUCCACCGGUGGCCGAUAUCCACGUGAUCCAACGGGGUCCACAAUCGAUUCGUAGUUGGUGGCCACCAGUUUACGCAAUACAAACGUUUAUGCUGGAAGUUUGUACUGGCCAGAAAAAGUUCAUGAGCAGCACACAAUUGGAGCACUCUUCGUCCGUUUUCUGUACGGCCAGCACCGACCCCAAAUCGACCUCCCAAUGUGAUCCCAAGUCCACUGUCCCGCCCUCUACACUUGCUGCGUUAACCGCAAUCCAGACAACAAAACUGUCAUUGAAUGGGGAAUCGGAACUACAUCGGAAGAUAACAAACAAUCAUCAUCAUAAGGGAGUGGAACAGGAAUACAAUGCGUCUUCACUUCCAUCCACCCCACACAUCUCGCCACCGGAUAUUAAGCAGGAUACUAAAAGUCUCGAGACACCCGCUUCUCCUUUGUGCUUAUCGCCAACUAGGCCUACAAUGGACGAUGGGCCGCCGGUGAUGGACAAAGUCGAACAGCCUCGACAACCUCUACUGGUGCCUAUGGAAUACUCCGGGGAUGUUCUGCUGGAAAAUGUGUCUCCAAUCGACACUUCUCCCACUGUUAUCCUAUUGCCAACGACUCAGUUCGUACGAGAGGAGUUGAAUACUACACAGUCCGGGGAGUCUGAAAUUCAGCAGCAGUUGUCUUCAUCAUUGCUCGAUCAGUCUUUGGAGCAGCCGCGUUGUGAGAUGUCAACAUCGGUGGCUACCGUAUGCAUGUCGGAGAUUGUGGGUGUGAAUGAUUUGCAGUCGGAGGAGGGUAUCAAUAAAUCGGUGGUCUCUCCACCAGCAACCGUUGCAACAUCACCAGCUCACGAAUCUCCUCGUUUACCGAUGACUGUACCUGGACCCAAGAAAAUUAGCCGUUUGGUCACAUCACACAGUCUUCGAGCGCAGGUAGAAGGUCCUACUCGACACUUGCCAAUGAUGCAUCCUGCUACUGGUUCACUCCAAUAUCUCACGCCCGCCAAUGGGGAGGUGGAUAGCCCAUCAACUGGAAAGGUGGAUAUCGUCAACACUGUCGUACAUGCAGCGAUUUCACUGACAGCUCGGUCCUCCGGUGACUUCUCGCAUCUGUCAUCAACACCUCUGCCGAUUACAGAGAGCUGUAUCAUCUCCAGUACACCACAUGACUGGAACUCGGUGGUGGAACUGCGCCAACCUGAUAAUAAUGGAGUUCCGCGAACGAAAGUGCCAGCGGUUCGCAUACCAUCAUCCAAGGGCCGGAUAAAAUCUAUUAUCGAUGCUCCCGGAUCUCGAUUGUCAAUGGUUGAGCUGACACGUGCUGAUGAGCGUCCCUUGUAUUCUAGCUCGUCAGGCAUCCCGCCAACACCGCAAGUGAAUAUGGGUGCUUGCUUCUCCUUGGUGUUUGAGGGAUGUCCACUCAAAAUCAAUUCCACCGCCACAUGGGUGAACCCGGUCAAUAAUGGUCAAAUUCUUCUGUUCGGCACGAACGAUGGAAUAUACUAUCUCAGUUUGAAAGACUUGGCGGACAGCUCACUGGAAUUGCUUUUCCCGCGAAGAUGCCUUUGGUUGUCGGUCGUCAGAGACACCAUGAUGUCCUUAUCAGGUCGCCAUCCUCAGCUAUAUUGUCAUAAUUUGGUUUCUUUGAUGAAGCUGAAAUCCCAGGGUCAUGUGAUGAGUGGAAACCCGUCAAAAUUGGGGAAACUGACCAAAUUAUUUCCAAAGCGGUUCUCCCCGUCCAAAAAAGUUCCGGACACGAAGGGCUGUCGACGAGUGAGUGUAACACGUAGUCCAUUCAACGGAGCGAAAUACCUGUGUGCAGCGAUUGGCAGCGAGAUUCUGGUGAUGGAGUGGUUCAAUCCCGUUUCUUCCUUCAUCGAGAUUAAACGGAUAUUCGUUCCGGAUAUGCCUUCACCCCUAUUGACGUUCGAUCUACUGAUCAUGAAAGAUCGUCCGCUGCCUCUGGUUUGCCUGGGUGUCUAUCGGCAUCAUUCCCGUCAAGGCCGCGAAAACAAACGGUACCGUCUACAGUUGGUGGAUCUGAAUUUGAACGAACAUCCCGCGUCUCCAACUACAGUGGCCGAUUCAUCGCGCCGUUACAGAGCUUCCCUAAGUUGCUCUCAGCCUACUCCUUUGAUGGAGUCUUCUCAGACCGCCAUAGUUGGCUCUCCAGCUCUCUCUGCAGAGGACAACCGCAAACCUGAUCAUCGGGCAGAGUACCAACGACGGAAUGCCCUAUUUUUACCGGAAGAUAGCGUACCUGUCGUAGAGGUUGUUCAGCUGGAACACAAUACAAUUCUUGUUUGUCUUCAGGAUUGUGCCAAGGUAAUCAGUCUGAACGGCCGAAUCAAGUCCAGUCGUCAUCGAGCUACCACCUUGGAUUUCAAUGGAUCAGUAGCUGAAUCCAUCGUAUGUCUUCGUGAUAGCAUCUUGAUUUUCCACCCACAUGGAUUGUUGGGAAAGAGUUUUACCGGUGAGCUUACCCAGGAGAUCAACGAUGCGAAACACAUCUAUCGACUACUUGGUUGUGACCGCAAUAUUGUCGUGGAGAGCAGACCUGCUGAUGAUCCCAUGUCUAAUUCAAACGUCUAUCUGCUAGCUGGUCACGCAGACAGUCGACAUCAGUGAAGAUGAUACAUGUACAGUUGAUUGACCCGGGAACCGAAUUGUCUUUCGUCGCUUCAUCGUUGUGGGAAGAUGUGCACACACUGGCACAGAUUAUCGAUCUGGUUUAGUAGCCAUUGUUUCAGCAUUCCUUCGCACUGGAGUUGGUGACACUCCAGGCAGCACACAUUACAACCAUCGCCAUCGAUACAAAUUGCGUUCCUCACAAUAACAUCAAUAUCCGCCAGGUCUAACUCCAGUACUGACCAAGCUUACCUCUUAGACUGCCUUUCCAGCGGCCCCAACUGGGGAUAUCUCGCCAACUACAGAAUUAUUGAUUUCCCACCAUCCAACGUCGUGCAUUUUCGAUGUACUCUCGUUUCCACAAUGAACCGCUUUUCAUAACCGAAUUCACUCACUUUCGCUGCCGAAAACCGCUUUCUUGCUUGUUUAUUUCCCGAUGCUCGUCAGCCAGUCCAUGUGAUACGACAGGUCUAAUUGCAUUUUCCGUUGCGAACUCCUCUGUCAUCUUUAUGCUUAACCAACUUGCUUUCUUCGGAAUUCGGAGUGAGUAGAAUGAACAUCCUGGCUUCUGACUGGCCCAGUGGUCUACUACGCGCUUUUGUUUGUUUUUUCUUUAGGGAACUAAAGGGAUCUGUUAUCGUUCCCUCACUGGCGCUUGUCCAUAAUCUUGCUGUGGUAGGCCCAAUUAGCCAUAUUUUUCUAUUUAGGUGAAACACUCAUCGUGAUGCUGCGAAUAUCAGCAGUACUAAUAUCAUGUGUAUUUUACUAUAGUUGUUGCUCGUAAUCGCAGCAGUUUAUUUAGUUUUUGGAGUGGCGCCGACUGUACAUGUCUCUUUGCCGCACCCCUGCCAUUGCGACCCUUGACCACGUUUCCCCGAGGGUCUCAUAGUUCCGUUCAUUUUUUUCAUCUGUAAAGGUAUCACGCUUCUCUCCUAUCCUUAUUUUCUUUCCGUCUUUUUUGAUUCUCCGUUACUUGAAAUGUAGCCUUUUUGAAACUUGUGCAGAAUCCAAGCUCCGCCAUCUGUCUGCACCCCAAAUUUUUCUUUUCGGUCAGUUAUUUCCACCCCGCUGGAGUAACUUGAUGCGAUUGUUCAUGUGCGUCUGUUGAGUUCCAUAUCACAAACAGGAGCACACAAUCGUCAGUUUGGCGUGGUUCUGUUAACAUCCUCCAUAAAGUGUCAUCGAUUCCAUCUUUGCACGUGAUUCGCUUAACUUCAACCUCGCAGCUUAUUACUUCAAUAAGCUCAAGAUUUUCUCGUGCCCAUGUCUUUUACAGUCCAUGAGUCCGCAAAUCUUCACAGCGGUAUUCAUACCUCUCCCCUCGCACAUAGACAUACGAACAGACAUGUUUACGGAUUUUAUGUCUUGGUGCUUUUUUAUUUUUUCUCUUGACAGUUCCUAGUUGGCUUAUCGCAUUUUACGACUCUAAUCAUGCUCUUUUCAUGAUCUACUGAUAUAUAUUUCUUGACACU